AUGGGCGACAUCUCGGAGCCGGGUCCUCAGGAGACUCCUGAGUCCCGUCUGGCCGGCCUCAGCAGCAGCUCAACCAACACACGCAUCGAAGUGCUGCGUACCCUCCUCCUUGAAAUCCAGAACACUGAUGAUACAAACCUAAAGAAUACUCUGAGUUUCUUCCCUGCUCUUCUUUCGACAUACCCUCGGUAUGCAGACCGGAAGUCUCGCCAGGCAGUGCAGUCUUGCCUUCGGGCAUUCCUCACCAAACCACUUACCGCCGAGGCUACCUAUCCUGCCAUAACGAAGUUUCUGGUCCACGAGUCCCAGAAGACCGCGAUCGCAUCUUCAAGCGCAUUCGUGCUGCUUGAAUGGUCAUGUCUGGCGCAACAGGAGAGUCGGCGCGAUGAGCAGUUCUUUGGCAACUGUUUUGGGAAACUUUGUCUUGCUGCGGCCCGCUUUUUGGACAAAUGUGAAGAUAAUAAUGUUCGAGGAGGUGUCCAGCAUUCGGCCUUGGUCGUAGCGAGAAGAGGCUUGCGGGAUGUGUUCAAGACUGCCCAAUAUGGAGCCAAAGGAUUGGAGCUCGCCGUCAAGGAAGUUGCAACAUCUUCUGAUGCAGAUGCUAGAUGCGCACCGUAUCUCGGCGUCAUUGCCGGUGUCAGUUCGCGAAUUCCGGAACGAAAAGAGCAACUCCAGGGUUUAUCUAAGCAAGUUCUCGACUUCUACGUCAAAUGUGUCAUCGGCUCAAGAACACCUGUGCCCUUUCACGAAUGCACAGGUCUCCAUGAUUUCUUUUUGGAUUUCGUGACGAUGCAGGAUCUCAGCGGUGUGGUUGUGCCCGCAUUAGAGAAGGCCAUCCUGCGCUCGCCAGAAAUUGUCCUCCAAGGCCCCGUGGAAGCUCUCGCCAGCUGCUUGCCUGAGAAGCUUGACAUCUCCGAGCUUGUCCUUUCAAAGUUGCUGAAACCCCUUCUUUCGGCCUUGAACUCUACAAACUCUACCAUUCGUGAAGGAGCCGGAAGAGCUCUUGCAGCGUUGGUCCGGAGGGGUGGUCAGCCAGAAAACAUUCAGAAAAUUACUGCAGAGCUGGCCUCGGCCUUGAAGUCGUCGAAGCCUGCAAAUUUCGAAAUGCGUGGUAUCCUCGCAGAUAUACUCCUCACAGUACCUGCGGAAGUCAAAACUGCUACGAUAAUUGCUCAAGGUAUUCUGCCGGCCGCUUCGAAGGAAGCGAACGAAGGUGCACUUAGAAAAGAGUUGAAGGCUCUGGUCCCCCAUCUGCAAGUGGUGUUGACUUCCCCGUCUCCUGAGAAAGCUGUCUUUGAGUCUCUUCUGAAAGGCUGUAAAGAUAAGAGGCCUCCUUUUCGCAAGAUGUGGGUUCUUUGUGUUGCCAACGUUCUGAGGGACCUUCAAACCGUACCAACAGAUGGGGCGUCGCGGGAUUUCAUCAAGUCAUGUUUGGAAAUCUUGACCGAGGUCUAUGACGAGAUCGCACCAAAUCCGUUGCCCGCAGCGCAGAAUGGCUACGUUGCAGCGGCUUAUGGCCUUCCAGCACUUUUGGAUUCUGCUAUUUUGCAGGCGGAUGCUUUCAAGUCCGAGAAAUAUGAUCAGAUCAGACAAAAUGCUCUGAGCUUGACCCCGAAGCCUUCCUUCUUGCUAAAUCCGAAGGUCUACGGACGACUUUCGUCCGCAGAAGACAAUCACUGGGCGCUGUAUGCAUUGACAAAACUGGCGUCAGAGCUUGAUGAAGCUAGCGAGGAUGCGCAGACUGCAUGGGCUAAGGCAAUUCUUCACCUUAUGCUAACCCCGGAGGUAGAUUCGAUCGUCCGGAAGGAGACUGGAGCGGCUCUAUCGAGGGUGUAUACUGAAAGACCUGCUUCUGUCGGACGAAGCAUAGUCCUUGGUGUUUGGGAUGUGCUUCGAUCUCGUGCACAGGAAUUGAGUAAAUCGCAUGGAGACUCCAUGUCAUUAAGUGACAACCGGUUGCUUCAAGCUGUCAAGUGCAUAUCGCCGGCAAAGGACAGGUGGAAAGCUCUCGAGAAAGACAUGCCUAUCAAGGUCCUGGAAGACCAAUCAGUAUCAACGAUUGUUCUCCUUCGAUCCGAACUGAUCUUCAACUCAGAUUGGAUUGCAAAUUGUUUGACCGUAGGGGUAGACCCCGGGCAGUUGGGGGAGAAGCGACGGGAUGAUCUUUUCUCUGAAAUUCUCUCCCAUUUUGAACCUCAAAAACUAGCACCAUUGAACGUUUUCGAGGUUGCUGCUUGCAACGCGGCUACUACCCUAGCCUUUGUGGCGCCGGAAUCUUGCACACCUGCACUCGUUGACCAGUUCCGGAAAGAUCUCGAGCCUACCCAGCUGGACGGUGUUGGGCCCACUGAAGCACUUAUCGCUCGUGCUCCCGAAGGCACUCUGGUCGUUGAUGUGUUGGGCCAAAAUUCACAAAGCAUUGUCGAGAACAAAAAUCAAAAGGACUAUGAUGUCCUUAAAUGGGAAGAAGAGAUGCGGCAGCAACUGGCAAAGAAGAAGGGUGCUCCUCAGAAAAAGCUUACUCCAGACCAGCAAGCGAAGGUUGAUGCCCAACUUGCCCAUGAGACUGAGGUACGGAAUCGUCUGAAAUCUACGUCUGCCAAAGUCAGAAGAGGCGCCAAGUUCGUGGAAGGCCUGGCUCGUGGUCCACCAACUGAUGCACGCCUAUGGAUGUCGCCUGCCAUAAGCGCUUUGUUACGAGUCCUGGAGAAUGGGGCAGCUCUGAUUGUCGAUGAUGAGAUCGUCUCUGGAUAUCUAGCGUGCUCUACUCAAGUAUCAGACCGGCUCGGAAAUCUGCGACUUUUUAUUGGUGUGGCCACACUCAGAUCCUUGCCGAAUGCCAAUGUUCCCGAGAAUUUGACUGCUGAACCUCUCGCCGAGCUGGGUACUCGAGUUCUCUAUAGGUUGCGUUUCGCUGCCGAGCAACGUCCCUUCGAUACAGUCACUACUGCUUAUGCCCUGCCAUUGAUCUUCUCCGUCUUGGACAACGGAAGGAUUGGGGAGGUCACUGGCGACGACGCGGAUGCACAAGUCUUGCUUGCGCUCGAAUUCCUCUCCUUCCAGAUGGCAUCAGGUUCUGACGAGCAUCUUCCCCGAGCUGAUAUCCUGCGACAUUUGAUUGGCGCUAUGCAGAGGUAUACUCAACACUAUCGAAUUAUCAAGGAUUGUUUGUUCGACUUUUGUCGCUCCAUUUCCGCAAACAUUACCCCCGAAGAACGAGAUAUCUUGUUGUCUGCAGUUACUCUUCCUGAAACUCCUGUUCGGUCCGCAGCGCUUCAGGCCAUCCACUCGGAGCUGGAUCUGUCAGAUAUAGACUUCUCUGUGCACUUGUGGAUCGCUUGCCAGGAUGAAGAAGAUGAGAAUGCGGAAACGGCUCUAGCUAUUUGGCAAGAGCACGAGUUCGGUGUGACGGAAGAUAUGAUCGACAGCAUCCCUGAGUUCCUGUUUUCUCCCGCGCGGUCGACUCGUACUGCUGCAUCCAAAGCACUUGCGCAAGCACUCGUGCUGAUUCCGGCGAAGACUAAAGAUAUGUUGGCUUUGUUGGAAGAGUCGUAUAAAACAGAAGCACAACCGCUUGUGCCAAAGCGCAACAAAAUGGGCAUCAUACAAAAGGGCGAGUUGGUGGACCCUUGGGAAAAGAGAAGCGGGCUUGCUCUCGCAUUCAAAGAGUUAUCCUCUGUCAUCGACAAAGAUGAUUUGGUGCCGUUCAUGAACUUCUUGAUAUCCGAGGGUGCUUUCUCAGAUCGUAAUGCCACCGUGCGGUCAGAAAUGGUCGCGGCCGGCACUGCCACGGUCGCCGCUCGUGGAAAUGAGUGCCUAGAACCACUCAUGGAAUUGUUUGAGAAGGUGUUACAGGGGCCCGACCAGGGAACACAGGAAUCAGACUGGGUCAACGAAGCUGUGAUUGUUCUCUACGGUUCGCUUGCCCGUCAUCUUCCAGAAGGCGACAAACGCACACAAGGUGUGAUCCAAAAGCUCCUCGACACACUCAGCACGCCUUCGGAAUCAGUCCAGUAUGCGGUGGCCAAUUGCUUGCCCCCGUUGGUCCGCUCUCCCAGCGUCGAUGCUGGCCCAUAUCUGUCUUCACUCCUGGACCAGCUGUUCAACUCCAAGAAGUAUGCUGCCCGUCGUGGUGCGGCUUACGGACUGGCUGGUAUUGUAAAGGGCAAAGGAGUAGCGGCCUUGAGGCAGCACCGCGUCAUGUCAUCAUUGAGAAGCGCAGCGGAGAAUAAGAAGAGUCCCGAACAGCGGCAAGGCGCCAUGAUGGCAUACGAACUUUUGUCACUACUCCUUGGGCGCACUUUCGAGCCUUAUGUGAUUGAGAUCCUACCGCAGUUAUUGACUGGUUUUGGCGAUCCUGUUGCAUCGGUCCGUGAAGCUUGUCUCGACACAGCCAAGACAUGCUUUGGAAGUUUAAGCUCUUUCGGAGUCCGCCGUGUCCUUCCUCAACUCCUGGAGGGACUCAACGAGACACAGUGGCGAAGCAAGAAGGGAGCCUGUGAUUUGCUUGGUGCAAUGGCCUACCUUGACCCUCAACAGUUGGCCACCAGCUUGCCCGAGAUCAUCCCUCCUUUGACGGCUGUGCUCACCGACAGCCACAAAGAAGUGCGAGCAGCGGCUAACAGCAGCUUGAAAAGAUUCGGGGAGGUGAUCACCAACCCCGAGGUUAAGAGUCUCGUCGAUAUCCUGCUGAAAGCCCUGAGUGACCCGACAAGAUAUACCGAGGAAGCCCUUGACGGGCUGAUCAAGGUAUCCUUCGUGCAUUACCUUGACGCACCAUCAUUAGCAUUGGUCGUGAGAAUUCUGGAACGAGGCCUAAAUGAUCGCUCGGCUACCAAACGGAAAGCUGCUCAGAUUAUCGGCAGUUUGGCACAUCUCACCGAGAAGCGUGAUAUCGUUACUCAUCUCCCAAUCCUCGUCUCUGGGUUACGACUCGCGUCCAUCGAUCCUGUCCCGGCAACUCGAGCCACUGCCUCCAAAGCUCUGGGUAGCUUGGUCGAGAAGCUCGGAGAAGAUGCCUUCCCAGACCUGAUACCAAGCUUGAUGUCCUCCCUGCGUACCGACACAGGUGCCAGCGACCGCCUUGGCUCUGCCCAAGCUCUUAGCGAAGUCCUUGCGGGCCUGGGAACUACCAGGCUUGAGGAGACUCUACCAACUAUUCUCCAGAAUGUCGCCAGCCCAAGACCGACGGUCAGAGAAGGCUUUAUGACGCUUUUCAUCUUCCUGCCCGCAUGCUUUGGUAACAGCUUUGCAAACUAUCUUGCCCAGAUCAUUCCGUCCAUCCUUAGCGGUCUGGCUGAUGAUGUCGAGGUCAUCCGCGAGACUGCUCUGAGAGCAGGCAGGCUUCUUGUGAAGAACUUUGCAACCAAGGCCAUUGACCUACUCCUUCCGGAGUUGCAGCGUGGAUUAGCUGAUGACAGCUAUCGUAUUCGUCUCAGCUCUGUGGAGCUGGUCGGCGAUCUCCUCUUCAAUCUUACCGGUGUCAGCGCAUCAACUGAUGCGGAGGACGAAGGCGAAUCAGCGACCAAAGCAGGUCAAUCACUGCUCGAGGUUUUGGGCGAGGAACGGCGCAACAAAGUCUUGUCCUCACUCUAUAUCUGCCGUUGCGAUACUUCUGGCCAGGUCCGCGCCGCUGCUAUUGCUGUUUGGAAGGCUUUGGUUGCAACACCAAGAACUCUGCGCGAACUGGUGCCGACACUCACGCAAAUGAUCAUUGCUCGUCUCGCCUCGUCCAAUAUGGAACACAAAGUGAUCGCCGCAAAUGCCCUUGGAGAGGUUAUUCGAAAAGCUGGCGAAGGUGUCUUUGCCGCAUUGCUGCCAUCUUUGGAAGAAGGCCUUCAAACGUCUACCGAUCCAGACAAGAGACAGGGCAUUUGCAUUGCUCUGCGGGAGAUUGUCAACGCAGCAUCUCCAGAGUCACUUGAAGAGCAUGAAAAGAAACUGAUUGCCAUUGUCCGCCUAGCGCUGACGGAUCCCGAUCCUGAGGUACGAGAGGCUGCUGCCGAAUCAUUCGACUCUCUUCAGCAACACUUUGGUAAACGCGCGGUUGAUCAAGUCUUACCACACCUGCUCAAUCUUCUUCGAAGUGAAUCAGAAGCUGAACAUGCGUUGUCAGCUCUGCUGACGUUGCUCACUGAAGCGACCAGAGCGAAUGUGAUCUUGCCAAACCUGAUACCAACGCUCCUGACCAACCCAAUCACCGCGUUCAAUGCACGCGCCAUUGCAUCCCUGGCCAAGGUCGGAAGCUCGAGCAUGACCCGUAGACUGCCUGCGAUCCUCAACGGACUUGCAGAUAACAUAGUGUCAUGCAAGGACGAAGACCUCUUGCAUGAGCUAGAUGAAGCCUUCGAUACAGUCUUGGCGUCUGUCGACGAAUUCGACGGCCUCAAUACUGCCAUGAGCGUGAUGCUAGCGAUGGUGAAGCACGACGAUCAUAAGAGACGAGCGGUGGCAGCAGAACACUUGGGCACCUUUUUUGAGGCGGCUACAGUCGACUACUCGAGAUAUAACCAAGACCUCAUCCGGGUUCUUCUUAUCUCUUUCGGAGAUCGAGACCCUGCCGUUGUCAAAGCAGCAUGGUCUGCGUUGAGUCAGCUGCAAUCGCAUCUUCGCAAGGAGGAGAUGGAGGCCUUGGUGGGCCCGACACGACAGGUCUUACAACAAGCCGGGCCCGCCGGCGCCAUUCUCCCUGGAUUUGCACUGCCAAAGGGCGUCCUGCCUGUCCUCCAGAUCUUCCUGCAGGGCUUGAUGAACGGUACUACCGAGCAACGAGUUCAGGCAGCCAUGGGUAUCUCCGACAUCAUCGACCGCAGUGGGCCAGAUGCAUUGAAGCCGUUCGUUACUCAAAUCACCGGUCCACUCAUUCGUGUGGUAGGCGAAAGAUCCAUGGAUGUCAAAUGUGCCAUUCUUUCCACCCUCAACCAGCUACUGGAGAAGAUUCCCACCUUCCUCAGACCGUUCUUACCGCAGUUGCAACGGACGUUUACGAAAUCCAUCGCUGAUCCAACGAGCGAAUUACUUCGCAUGCGGGCUACCAAGGCGCUGAGCACGCUUAUCACCUUGACUCCUCGUGUUGAUCCACUUAUCGCCGAGCUCGUGACCGGCGCAAAGACUCCAGACGUGGGCGUUCGCAACGCAAUGCUCAAGGCCUUGCAAGAAGUGGUCAGCAAGGUUGGCUCCAAUAUGAGUGAUGCGUCCCGUGAAUCCAUUCUGGGACUUAUGGAUAGCCAGCUUGACGGACAGGAUGACAGCAUGAUGGUGACCAAUGCACGCCUUCUCGGUGCCAUGAUCAAGGUUCUCCCAGCCGACAAAGCCGGGUCGUUGAUCAAGAGUCGUGUCUUGGUGCACCCAUCCACGAGCGCCUCUAUUCUCGCCCUCAACGCGGUCUUGCUCGAGAGCGCGUCGACCCUGAUUUCUGACUACCCCGAAGAGACUAGAGCAGUCAUCGCGGCGGGUCUUACGGGCAAGAACACCUUCGUGCAGCAAAAUUCUGUCCUCGCACUAGGGAAAUAUUUGCUGUCGGACAACACGACCUCUGAUGAAGAAGCCUGCCAGCCGCUCAUCGAAGCCCUGACCUCAGUGAUCGCUCCAGGAGGAGACAUUGAUUCCCGCCGCUUAGCACUUGUGGUUAUUCGCACGGUUGCGCGCCACCAUGGUGACGAUAUGCGAAAGUUUCUCUCCAUUCUUGUGCCGCCAGUAUUUUCUUCGGUUCGCGACCCGGUUAUUCCGGUCAAGUUGGCUGCUGAAGCCGCUUUCCUUGAACUGUUCAGCGUCGUGGACGAAGAAGGUGCCGUCUUUGACCAAUACAUGGCCGGACCGGGCAAGUCACUGUCCCCAGGCCAAGCACGUCCAUUAAGCGAUUACUUCAAGCGUGUGGCAUUACGGCUGGGAGCGCAAGCAAGAGAAAGACGAGAGGCCGAAGGUGGAGCUGGUGGUUUGGGACUAAGCUCAGAUGAGCAGGAGGACGAGCGUGAAGUUUGGAGUGUUGGAAGAGUAGAUUUGGGCGAGACCGGUGGUGACGAGGAAUGA